AUGUCCAGCAAGAUGGCACUCCAUCUCUUCUUCGCCAUUGUCGCGUUUCGUUGUGCAGAGGCCUCUCUUCGAGGAAACCUCCAUGCGAACGUGGGAUCCAUGAGCACGGACCAGCUCCGUGAGACGGUAUUGCAGGAGGUGAUGACAGCCCUUGGCAGUGGCAACCGUGUCACCGAGAAGCGUCUCAAAGCCAUCGAGGGAGCCUUGCAGCCCACCUUUCAGGCCAUGCCCAAGAAUGCCUACGGCAACCUGGAAGAUGCUGCAGCGAGGUAUGUCUUGCACCGGCUCUUUGUCCAGCGCCAUGCCAUGUACAUCAAGGGCCUCGAGGCCAACAGCAUGAACUGGAAGAACAUGAGCACCACGGAGGUGCUUGAAGAGCAUGUGCCGUCCUUCGUCCUGUCGCUUUUCGAAGAUCGAUUGAAGGACCAAGGCCUGGGCCUUCACGAGCUGACGGUGUUGGCAGCCACUCUGGAGCACUUGAUCCACGACGAGGCGGUAAAUCGACUUUCCGUUGUGUACGAGGUGCACAACUUCUCGAUGGCCGAUCGAGUGCAGGAGGUGGUGCUGCAAGACUUGAUUGACACGUACAUGACUAUUUUCCUCGUUGGGUCGCAGAACUUCACGGCGGCCACAGUCUCGAAAGAGCGUGCCCUGAUCGUCGACAGCUACCCCGGCUGGCACGAGACGCAAAAAUUCACGUCACAAGUGCGCUCGAGUGUGGUCGCUUCAAAGGAUUUGGACACCGACUUCUCCCCCAACAACUUCUCCUUCCGUGCGGCAACGGAGAUUGUCGAGGAGAUCGGCGAGCGCUAUGGUCGAUGGCAGGAUUCGGAGUGUCGUGACUUGAAGAGUCUGCUUGUCAAGUAUGAGCACGCCGGAACUGGACGCGUUCUAUUGAAGGACUUCUAUGGUGCGGCGCUGGGUGGUCAGUGGCAGUUCUCGGAGAGCAUCGACUAUUUGCGUGAGCUAGGAGCAUUGGACGAGUCAGAUCCAUCCAAUCUGGCGGUGUUCAUUCCAAACUAUGUCAACUCUCACUCGAACUGCGUGGCAUCAUCCAGUAUUUACUCGGUGUGCUGCAUCAACGAGUGCGAGGCGUUGCUGGGGCACCUUGAAGCCAAAGUGGCUGCACCGGAGGCCGCGCCCGAGAAGAUCUUGGACAUCGUGGCCGCAUUGCCCUCUGCUACCAUCCGUGCUCCACGAGAGCUCUCGCGUCCAUUGGCAGAUCGUCUGGGUGAGGUUGCCAGGGAACAUAAUGGUGCUGUCCCGCUGCAUGGGCGCCUCUUUGCACAGUGGUUGCACCACGCCUAUCCGCGUGAGUGUCCGUACCCUCACGUCGCCGGCAAGAUAAAUCCCAUGACUGCCGACGAGUGGAUGCAGGCCAGGGGCCAGUCCGUCUCGGCUACAAAGGAGGACAUGAAGCGCUACCUGGAGGCUGCGCCGUCCGCCACGCCAGCCGCAGAGCUUCCUUGGUCUUCCGAGGAAGAGCUUGUGGCCAAGCACAGCAAGCCAGCAGGUUUCGGCACGCUCUUGCGCAAGGCCUUGUUCUUGUUUUUUGGCCUGGCCGCUGCGUACUCCUUUGGGAACCAGGCUUGGCAAGCAGGCUGCAAAGGAAAGUCGCCGCUGCUGCCGUACGCGAACAAGCAGCAUGCGUGCUGA